AAGCUAUUGAUAGUUGACAUUUCAAACAAAUGUUGAAAGACACACUAAAACAAUGCUGAAACUUAUACUGACAAAUGGACAUUGUAGAUGAUGUCAGCAAUAAUGUCUUGGACUAUUAAAAAAGAACAACUAUUUACAGCAUGACAUAUUGAAUAUGGAAAUUUGGAAAACUAUUCGAUGUGUGUUUUUAUAUGUAUGUUUUAUCGGCAUUAUACAAGCAACCACAACUGGAGGGUCUCAGCGCGAGUUCAGCAAAACUACGACAAUCCCAUUUGUCGGCACAGGAACCAAUGUAGAACUUGAUCAAUUUAAUGGAACUAUUUCCAAUGAAUUGGAUUUCAACCUUCCGCCCUCGUGGGAGGAAUUCUGUGUUCUACAAGAAAAGGAAACCAAUAAUACAGUGUAUCUAUACAAGUGUUACAUAAAUGAAUCUUCUUCUGGUAAGUGGAAUUUUACAGAACUACGACAGCACAUUUUAUCAAAGAGCCGCAAAUACAGUUUCGAUGUGCAUUGUCAAAGUGGUUCUAGAAUCUCUCUUCCUUUGCCUGCUAAGGCCAAAAAUAUCAUUAAACUCCAUGUGCGAGACUGCAUAGCAGACGACUACUUCGCAGAUUUUCAAAAUCUUGAUUUGAAUAGUUUUCCGGACGAACUGGAGGAAUAUAAGAUGAUCAAUGUGCAACGUUUGGUUAGUAUAACGGACGUGAGUGAAAAUGUUCAAAUAAAGUCUGAGACUCUUCAAAAGAACUUAAUUUGUGGAGAUGAAGAAAGUUUAAAAGUAAAGAUAGAAAGGAACGAAACCUUUUCAUUUAUUCAUGAUAUGCCGCAUAUGGAUUUACAGACCUUUACCGCAAUCGCAACAGGAAAUAUACUGGACACAAGGCGUUCACCACAUAUGUGUGUAUAUAAAAAAUUACAAAUACUCGAAAAUUCUAUCACAGUUUCAAAACAUAGAAAUUAUGCCGCAGUUUUGACGGAACAGAAUCAAUUUCCAGAACUGAAAAUUCUGAAUAUUUCCCAUUCACACAUUCAUUAUAUUCCUGGACAAUUCAAAAAUUGGUGGAUUUACUUUGAAAAGUUGGAGUACCUGGAUAUGUCUUUUAAUCUAAUCCAGGACAUUUCUUUCCCAAUAAAUAACGCAGGAAUAUGGGGCAAGCCCGUCCCUGUGUUAACACUGGAUUUAACUUUCAACAAUAUAAGUAGAAUUUCUGUCCGUGGCUUCGAAAGAUUCAUUAAGAACAAGAAAUGCUUAUUCAAAAUUGCUCACAAUCCGUUUAAUUGUACUUGUACAGAUGAGAUGAAGGAGGUAUUGAAAUACAUUCAGGAAACAGACUGGAAUUCUCCAAAGUACCAACGUUACCAGUACCUCAGGGAUCUUGAAUGUCAAUACCCUGGCUAUGUUAAGGGUCGGCGUCUGAGAGAUCUAACACUACAGGAUAUCAACUGUAAAUUCGAACUGAUGCCAAUUAUUGUAGUUCUGAGCAUCUUUUCAUUUUUCCUCAUCAUUUUCAUCGUUGUCAUGCUGAAAUAUAGAAGAGAAAUACGAAUUUUGUUUUUCACUCGGUUUAAUGUCAUUCUUCCUUGUCAGCCGAGUGAAAUGUUCGAGGAAAAAGAAUUUGAUGCUUUUGUCUCGUUUAGUAACGAUGACCAGGAAUGGGUUUGCAACACGUUUGAUGAAAACAAACACGAACGACUUGCACAUUUAAAAUUUUGUAUGCAUCAUAAAGAUUUUGUCCCAGGAAAAACGAUAUUUGAAAACAUCAUCAAAUGUGUCGAAAAUAGUCGCCACACUGUUAUUGUCCUCUCACGGAAAUUCCUUGAAAGCCAUUUUUGCAUGUGGGAAUUUCAAGAAGCUUUUCAGCAGAGCAUUGUAGAACGAAGGCGACAUCUUAUCAUAAUCUUACUGGAAGACAUUCCAGAUAAGGAUUUACCAAAUGAUCUGAAAAGAUGCAUGAAAACAUUCACUUACAUACGAAAAGAUGACAAAAUCUUCAUUGAUAGAUUGCUUUACUCAUUGUCAUAUAAAGGCAAAUCAGUAGCUGAUCGGAAAAAGGUGUGGGUGAAUGAAGGCUUUGAUGACCUAGAUAAUCUACAAAAUGAAGUGUAAAGGACAGUCAGUAUCAAGAAUGAACGGAACGAAAAUAAUCAUGGAGUAAGACUUGAAGAGGACUUUCAUCGUGUUAUAUUGAUGUACAUAUUGUGUUUGUGUCUUCGAAGGUUUCCAACAGGAAUGUUGCGUACAGAUGGAGGUCAUAGAUUGUAAAUACCGUACAAAAAAGAACUCUAUGAAGAGAACGGAUACGCAGAAGACGAGGGAUGAAGCAAUUGAAAACAUAAAACAGAAUUAUUGACAAGUGGUGAAGUCUCUGAAUGUCCCCAAGAAAACUCUGCACGUCCCCAUCCAGCAUGUCUCUAGAAGCAGUUGAUACAGUAUUUACUUUUUGCCGUGGGUGAAUCUAUAUAUUCAGAAGUUUGUUUUAUAUUUAUUGACUGGGUAUCUGACAAUUAAUAAGUGGUUCCUUAUGAUAAUAGCGAGCGCAGCGAGCCAGCGCGGAGCGCUGGCUCGUACUGCGAGCUCUAAUGACUAGAGCGCGGGAAAUAAUCCGAGCUAAAUCUCAACCUCUAACAAGAAUUUUUUUUUGACGCCAAUCCCAGAAGUUCCUCGUACAAAAUGGCGGAUGGUUCGAUUCGUAAAAUAAUAAUUAAAAAAAAUCUUUGAAGUAUUACAAACCUUUCUUAUUUGAAUGGAAAGGAUGACAAUCAUAUUCUUCCCCCUUUCUUUUUCUUUUUAAAAUAUUGUCUAAAGAAAUGUAAACAGUCACGUCACAACUACCAGGCUACGUCACAAUACGCUCGUUGCAUUUCCCACUAAACUGGUUCCUACAUUGGUGAGAAGAGCAAGACAGUAAUCCUACGUAUUGACAGUGAACGAGAUCAGUUUUCCUUGUUUUCAAUAUAAAUUUUUUGAAAAUGUAUUCAGAUAUGCUGCGCUCGCCCCAACGGUCACACCGUAAUCAUAUUAUAGAAAGCCACAAUUAACCAUUAUCUAACCAUCAUAACAUUUUUAGAGGAAGAAAAAUGAUAUCAAUAUGUGUAAUUUAUGCCAUGUUUUAAUUGAUGCAUUUUCAAAAGAAAUCUGCAAAAGUAAGAUAUUUCAAUGUGCAGUUCUGAAAUUCUAGUCACGAGGGUAUCGGUGUUUAAUCAUCCUCGACAUGAAAUUAGCCUUUUCUCUGGUUUUGGGUAUGACAUUUAUUCUAGUCUUUGAUCACCGCAGCAUUAUAUCCCGCUUACUACAUUACUGUUUUCUUUGUUCUUCUUCGUAAAGAGGUAUUCUUUUGAAUAUAUUACUUUGUUUAUUCAUAUGUCAAUUAAAAUUGUAGAUCUU